AUGGCUUCAUUCACUCGAGCCAUAUGCCUGGUCGUGGAGGAAAACCUUAAGAUGUUCGAAGGAGAAUUCAAACACGUGAUAAGGGUGGAUCUUAAGCCCACGGCAACGACAGAGGAAGACCAAGGAACAGGCUUCAUGAGCACCAAGUACCAACUGGCCGUCGCUGCAGCAAAGGAGCUUGGCCUGCUUGACCAAGCAUACAACAGGCUCAAAGAAAAGCAUGACCAGCUACAGUACUAUGCCUAUGGGUGCGAUGAUGGUGUUAUCUCUAAAGAUUUGGCUAUUCAUGUGCGGUAUCCUAUAGUUCAUCAAAUUGGCAAUAUGUUGUCAACCAACAAGUAUUUUCUAGUGGCUGAGAACCUCCAGUGGUCAUUUGAGCCUGGAAGUCUUACACGGGAUUGCGGGCUUCCUCCGCCCGAGUGGACAGAUUCUUUAUGGUGCAUCUCGGCAACUUCUCAUGAAGCCUACAAGAAGAGCAAGUUAGAACGUGACCAAUUAGUAUCCAUUGACAAAGAUGAAUAUGUUGCGGUGCUUACACUCUCUGCAAUGCAUCAAUCGGCGGAGCACAUACUCAACAUGACCCGUCAAGAAAGCAAGGAGUAUUGGCAUCACAUAGCCUUGAAAUGCUUCCACUAUGCUAUGGCGAUCUUUGCAAAGCAUUCAGUAGUGGCAGCGACAGCUAUCACUUCAGACGAGCUCAUCCACCAAUGGGCCGCCCAAGGCAUCUUGCCUGGUAUGUGCUUCAUAAAAGAAGAAGAAACCAGCACCAUCAGCAGCAAGUGUUCCCAUAUGCAUCGAGUUGGAAGGGUCAUCCUUGAAGCGUUCCAGAAGUACUCUUUGUUGCAGCUACCUUUUUCUCCUGCUGCUGAAGCUUAUGAAGCCUUCAAUACCGGCGCACAAUUCUUUCUAUAUCAUGGCCUCAUUGCGGAAGGCAUCACAGAUGAUGAACUCUUUGAUGACAACAAGGAAUGGAUUUCAUUCUCUGGUGACCAUGGAUGUCAUGUAAGCCGAGAAUGGUUGAGCCCAGGGGAAACAAAGGGGGCAACUGCACUUAUUCUAAGAGGCUGCUCACAUCAGUCGGCCAUACUUCCCAAGCUGGACCAUUUCUUGCCCAAACUUUGUUUUCUCCGUGUUCUUGAUCUCUCCUACACUCCACUAAAAUCACUCCAUUCUUCCAUUGGUUGUCUACAGAACCUUCGGUUGCUCUCAGUUAGAGGCUGCCAUGAUCUCAAAACUCUUUCCAGUUCAUCCACAACAAGUGCCAUAGACUCGUCAACACAUAUUAGUUCAUAUUCACCAUUGUCCACUCUAUACCAGCUUGAAAUUCUUGAUACGAAUGGAGUUCCGUUUUCUCAACUGACCCAAGACAUGGCCAACCGCAAGAGCAAUUUGAUAUACCUCGACAUGUCCAAUUCCAAAAUAACUACUUUUCCUCCCAAUUUUUUCAAGGACAUGUCAAAUCUUGAAGAUCUUAUUCUUGUCACAUGCCCCAACCUCGUGGAACUGCCUCCAUCCAUGGCUUUUCUAUCCAACCUAACCACCCUUGAGGUCACAAGGACUCAAAUAAAGUACUUCCCGCAGAAGAUUUUUGAAGAAAUGCAGAAGCUACAAUCACUAAAGCUCAUUGAAAAUAAAAACUUGAUUUCACUCACAAGACCAUUGUCUAGGAUCCAGGGUAUCAAAUUGGAAGGGCAUCCUAGCCUUACAUCCUUCAUGUUGAUCGGCGCACCUCACGUAAGGAGCUUGUCUUUGCGUGGAUGUAGAAAACUUGAGUCUGCUGAGAUCAAUAAUCUUGGUGCUUUGGAGGAGCUAGAUUUGUCUGGUACAGCUAUCAUGGACCUCCCAUCCGACAUCCCUAAUAAUCUCCAGCUUAGGAGAUUACUCCUUGUGCAUGUUCCUUCCCUGAGGCGAUUUCCUUGGCAUGAGCUGGAGCGCCUCCCGGAUGUGUUUUACUUGGAUCAUUGGUCAGAAGGAAAUGCCAAUCACUCUAAUCAAGUUAGCCAAGUGUGUGUAACUGACCCCAGGUUCUUUCAUAGCUUCCGUGACAAUGCUGUGAAUUCAGUUAGAGAUGGACGGUUUUUCCAAUCAUUCUAUAUUCAAGUCGCACCAUGCAUUACAUAUACUAGGCAACUACAAGAUGAAGAAGGCAGGCUAGAUAGCAAGUUGGAGGAGUUUCUGCGGAAUCAAUCAACAUAUGUGGAUGUAUAUAACAGAUAUUUUGCAAAGGAAAUUGCAAUUGCAUCACCCAUUUCAAGUCCCCUUCACAGGACUGAGCGCCACAUGGAGAUCACGGGGACACAAACGGCAAUUGAUGGUUUACAAUAUGUUCUAAGUGUCACCAAAUCAAUAAAUGUGUCAUGUGACACUGCUAUUGAUUGUUUUCCUGAAAAGUUCAAUUUUCACGAGCUUGAAGAAUGUGAGUUACGUUGGUGCCAUAAAAUGAUAGGAGUUCUAGAUGGAACUCGAGGCUUGAAAAAACUACGCAAUAUGCAUGUCUGUAAUCUCAAAAGGCUAGUUUGGUUCUCUGCAGUGUAUUAUUCUUUUGACUUCAAUAGACUAAAGCACCUGCACUUAGAGGACUGCCCAAGAUUGAAGCAUGUGGUGCCACAUACAGCAACUCUGCCAUGCCUCAAGACACUUGACAUCCUGUUCUGCUACAACCUCAAGACAAUUUUCAUCAGCAUUUAUACAAAAGAUGAUACUUAUUAUCAGCUCCCAAGCCUCCAAAGGAUACGUCUCCAGGAGCUGCCACUGCUCGAGCACUUCCACAACAAGGACGCUACCAUCACAACACCUGUGUGGAAUGAGCUCCAUGUUCGGGGGUGCUGGAGCCUCCGACGUCUCCCACGCCUACAAGGACGCCAGCCAAAGACAAUGAAAGUGAACGGCGAGAGGAGCUGGUGGAGAAAGCUCGAGUGGGGCUCACCCCUACACCGCAACAGCUACGACCCCAAGCUUCCCCCGGAGUUCGCCUCCUUCGACGAGCGCGCCGAGAUGAGCAGCUACCUCAGAUGAAUCAACCCAUGCUCCAUCAACACAUCCUUC